GUUUACACCUCGAGCCGACUCUGUCAGACGCGUCUUUCAGGAAGCAAGUGCUUGAAUUUUUCGUGAAUAAACCGGUCGUGUUUUCUCCCAGUCAGUGUUUUGUGAAUGAAAUUUGUCGCUUCGCUUAUUUUGACGUUUCUACCGGCGGUCAUAGGUUAUUCAACUCGACUCUGCUUGUAAUUGUGGUGUAAUAUUGAGACAGACGUUCCAUUCGUCUCAGUGUGUUUUCGCGUUUAGUAAGUUCUACGCUAGAUUUCAGCGCUCAGUCAGUUCAUAUUUCGUUAAAAGCUGGUGUGUUUAAACUUCUCUAAUGGAGAACCUACCAGAGGAUGAUUUUCUAGCCAACUCCUUGGGUAAGAAACCUGAUAUGCCCCUAGACGUGAAGUCUACCACCAAAGAAAGUAACAUUUUCAUGGAUCAUGUUCAAGAAGCUGAUUUAUUAUCACUCGACAACUCCAAACAUAGUCCAUCUGAGUCUGAAAGUCUCAGCAGUGAAAUCAAUCUGGAGUCACUGAAGAAAGAUAAGAUAGAUUUCCCGGCAGAUAACAUCUUGGCUCUCUCUGCCGGAUCAAUGAAUGAUCUAGCCGAUUUCCUGAAAGCUGAAGCCCAGUUUGCCGAAACUGCACCUAGUGCUACCAAAGAGGUCGAUCAGCUGUCAUCUGGCUUUGACAGUCUUGAACCUACUUUUGAUAAAAACCCAAUCUCAGAUUCCAACUUUUCUUCAUCCCACUUGGAGCACUCAGAUGACGAUCAUUUGUUCCAACCAAUGCAUCCAACCAAAGUUGAGCCAGUCGCCAAAUCACAGCCUCUGACUGAUGACGAUUUCCAACAUUUUGUCUCGGAACCUGCUGAGAAAGCCAGCCCGAUCCAUGAAGCCGAUAUAUUUGAUGCAAACAAACCUGUUCCUCCUCCCCCUGAAGAGGAUGAAGGAGAUGAAGAUGAGGUUUGCCCCUAUCAGCCUCCUGUCAAACCUGUCGAAACCGUAGCUGCCAAAGAAGAGUCACCUCCUCCAUCACCAAAAUGUGAUUUGGGAAAGAGUGCCGCAUUCUGCAAUCUUCCCAGUAAACCAAAAGUUGAACCCGCAAAACCUGCGGCUCCGAGUGUUCCUAAAGAAACUUCCCAAAGCAAAGUCAGCAAAUCCGCGCUCAUUGGAGGAGGGGAUGCAGAUCUUACCAUCGGUCCUCAGGAUUUCUUCAACAAGAUUGGAUUAGAUGCUUGGUUCCACCCUGAAAGGCUACAUCCUAAAGUGGAAGCUUUAAUCUACUGGCGGGAUCCAAUCAAAUCCGGAGUCGCCUUCGGAGUAUCUCUAGGAAUCCUCGUUUCUCUUUCCAUAUUCUCUUUCAUCUCAGUCGUUUCCAACUUGUCACUCCUAGUUCUCUCAGCCUCCAUUGUCUUCAGAGUGUACAAAUCAGUUUUACAGGCUGUACAGAAGACAUCAGAUGGUCAUCCAUUCAAAGAAUACUUGGAGUAUGACCUCACUCUACCCCAAGAGAAAGUUCGUGAGCUGACUGACACAGCAGUUGUACACAUCAAUGCUGGAGUCUCAAAGUUGCGCAAAUUAUUCCUUGUUGAAGAUCUGGUUGACUCGAUCAAAUUCGCUGUUGGAUUAUGGACGCUUACUUACAUCGGAGCGUGGUUCAACGGCCUCACCCUAUUCAUCCUUGGGCUAAUAGCGCUUUUCACGCUACCCAAAGUUUAUGAAAACAACAAAACCCAAAUCGAUCAAAAUUGGGGAAUCGCCAAGGCAAAGAUUGCUGAAAUCACAUCCAAAUUGACUGCAGCUCUACCCGUAGGUGGCAAGAAGGACUCUAAAGACAAAGAACAAUAAGUCAGAAUAGUUGAACAUCCCUUGAAAUCCUCAGACGAUGGAAAAUCAACAAACAGAAUGAUAUUCCAAAGCAGUUGAUGCUUUAAUGCAACUGAAAACGUUUCCUCUUAAGUUUGCUCCUGUUUUGUUUGGAAUAUUUACAAAUAGAUGUGAUGAUUUCUUUCAGUUAAUUUAUUCUUAAAUUUCUUUCCUCUGAGAGUAAAGCUUUCCUUAUUUUUUAUUUUUUAUUUCUGAUUUUUGUCAUUUGAAUAAGUUUGAUUUCGUUUUCGCCAAGAGGAGCAUCAAUGUAUUUAGAUAAGCAUUAUCUAUUAUUUUCUGAGAUAAGUGUUCGACUUUUUUUCUUCGUUUUUAUUUUUUUUUAAGCUCCUUGUAAUUCUGUACCUUGUUUCAACCUGUAGACUUCGAUCAUUUUUAAAGUAGCUCUUUUUUUAAGCCCCUGUUUUCCGAACUUAAUCAUAUUUUGGUCAAGUAUUUAGUUGUGGAAAGUAUGUCAGUUAUAUUGUUAAGUAUGUCCAUUUGUCUUGUUUUAUUGAUAAAGCUUUUUUUCGUUGACCCAUACAGUCAUUGAACAGCCUCCCGAAAAGGUUGUAUUUUGUAGCAUACAUUGUUGAAAUCGCCUCUUCUGUAAGCUUUAACUCUUUCAAACCAACACCAAUAUCGGAUCUCUGUACAAUACACAAGCAUCCAAGGGACAUUGAAAAAGAUGUGAAAAAAGCAAGAUCGAACAUGGAUAUGGAAGUAUUCUGAUGUUCUUUCAUCCCUCAAUUCUACGUUCACUUGUUAAUUUUAAUUUUAAUUUAUUGCGUAACUUUUUUUAACGACAAUUUUUUGUUCUCAGUCACCUUUGAAGAUAAUUUUAUUGACGAAAAUCCUUUCUCGGACUUGGCCAGAAAGCGCAUGUCUUUGACUCAUGUACAUAUUUUGAAAAAUAUCCUUGUUUUUAUGUAUGUGAUAAAUCUCAGUCACUAGAAGUUGAUCUUCUCAUUUUUAUGUAACAACAAAGUUGAAGUAUUCGUGAAUAAAAACAUUCAAUCAUUCUAUUUUUCAUCGUU